CCUCAGGCCUCGCGCAGGAGCCUCGCGCCAAAGGGGAUUCGCGUCCGCCUCACGCUUGGAACGUGGUGGCUGAGGCCGGCCUGAGAUGUGGAAUUCCAGCAAGCACUUGUGUUUCCCUGAACAGCCCAGGACCAACUUCCUGGGUCCCAGGAACAGGAGGGCGAGUAAAAACCACACCAACAAACUGCAAGAGCUGGCAUUGCUGCUACCCGUGGCCCUGAGGACCAGUACCAAGAAGUUCACCAAGAAGGAGAUUCUGCUGCACGUCCUGUACUACAUUCACUACCUCCAGAGAAAAAUCGAUGCGGCCAAGGCCUUGCUCGAAUUCCACACCACCGAUGGGAACGGUGGACUGGGGGGGCUGGGUUGGAAGCAGGCCGCAGGCCCAGCAAAGUGGAGACACUCCACCCCGUCCAGCACCCCACACUCUCACGAGUCCCAUCUUUGGGGAGGCUGCCAGAAACCUCGAAAGAAGAAGCCGGCCCAAGCAUCAGAACGCCAGACCCGGGCCCAGAACCCUCGUCGCUGUCUGGCCCUGGACCAGCCUAAGAAGCAGGUGACCCCAUCCCCAGACCAGAGAGGAGGAAACAUGGUGGCGACCAUCACCCCUCCAAGAUGCCUCGACUCCUGCAGUCACCCCAAGGCUGUGUCAUCUCCAUCUCAAGGUGACAGAAAGGGAGGAAGAUCCUGGCUGACACUGCUGCAUAUGGCUGAGAACAGCGUCCACUGUGACAUCUCAAGCUGCUGUUGCAAAAACAGUGCCCAGGAUGCGGGGCCUUACCCUGCCUUCGAGGCCCAGCAACGGGUUGAGAGGAUCCAUUUUCUCAACAGGACCCAGCCCCGUCCCAGGCAGAAGCUGGUGUUGUGCGAUUACAGCGAGGAGGUGGACGAGGAGUCCCCAGAUGCUGACCCUUGGCUUCCUGCCUGGACCCCAAAGGGCAGCGCCCAUGGGAGCCCACUCGCCUUGGGGACUCCCCAGAUUGACAACUGGAAUGCGACAGGCCACCGGAGCCAGAUCCUGGGGCUCAGCCCCUCCCUCUUCAGCUCCCCGGGGAAACUGCAGCCAGAACAGAUCCUGGAGGAUGGCGCCAAGCACCUGACCCAAGCUCUCUUUGAAGAAGUAUUCUUAGAUCCUGCGUCUUCAUCUUCUGCCUGCACGCUUGAGGGACUACAGAAGAAGGACACACCCCCUGAGGCCCCCGAAGACCUUCCCGACUCCCUCAGCCGGUGCCAGUCCUUGGUCUCGCUGGACCACUGCUACCUGUCGCUGUGUGAGAACAGCAAGGAGCUGUGCAGCCCCAGCUCGGAGGACACGGACACAGACUCGGUGUGGAGGCAGCAGGAGGAUGUUCAGGCCGACCUCGAGGGCCUGCAGUCCUCCAGCGAUGAGGAUGAGAGUUAUACGUGGACCCCCACCCAGCGGGCCUCAGCCCUGCCCGCAGCCGGAAGGAAGGGCAGGGCGGGCAGGGGCCUUGUGAAGCCCAAUGAGAGCAAGCAAACCCCCUGCCCCACCCAGAUGAAGAAGAAGUGUGUCAACGGCUUCAUCAUGUUCUGCAGGAUGAACCGGAAGCAGUACAUCAGAGCCUGCCCUGGGACCGCAUCCACGACUGCCACCAAGGAGCUGGCCCACCUCUGGCGGAUGAUGACCCUGCAGGAGCGGAGACCAUAUUGCACCAAAGCGCGCAGGUUCAGUCGCCGGCACAACCGGAUCGUGAAGAAGGUCAGCUCCAGCAGCGAGGACGAGGACUGGGAGACCCCCAAGCCCUUCUACCAGCUGCUGGCUGAGAAGGCCCGCCGCCGCUAUACCGCGCGUGAGGGCAGCCUCACUCCCUCCGCCACUGCCUCGCAGCUCCUGCAGCCGUGGUCUGAAACGAGGCGCCGGUGGUGAAGAGGUUGUCUCGUCCUGGGCAUCACCGCCGCUAGUGCAGAGCCCCUCAGUCAGGCACCCCCAAGUUGGGAGGCGGCUAUUUAUUGACCCCAGUGCUUUGUGCGUUUGCCUUGAUACGGGGCAGCCAGAACUUCUCCCGCCCGGGGUAGCAGGCGUCUCACAGCCCCUUUCA